AUGAGGGCAGUGAUAGUGGGAAAGGCAGCAAGGUCAGGGAAGAGUGUCGAAGGUAAGAACGCUAGGGGAGGCCAUAACAGCAGUAGACAGGCAGUGAGUACAGUGGGGCAGGGCAGUGCAGUGGUUGAGACUAUGCUCUUACCAGGCAAGUGGGGCGGUCGGGCGGCUCGGCGGCUCGGCGGUUUGGUGGCUCGGCUGCUCGGCGGCUCGGCGGUCAGGCGGCUCGGCUGCUGGGCGGCUCGGCGCUCGGGUGGCUCGGCGGUCGGGCGGCUCGGCUGCUGGGCGGCUCGGCGGUUGGGCGGCUCAGCUGCUCGGCGGUUCGGCUACUCGGCGGUGCGGGCGCUGGGCGGCGGGGCUGUAGGUGGCGGCAAGGCCGUAGGUGGCUACGGGGCCGCAGGUGGCGGCGGGGCCGCAGGUGGCGACGGGGCCGAAUCAGGGCCAGACGGGGCCGUAGUAUGGCCAGAUGGGGCCGUAGCGGGGCCAGACGGGGCCGUAGCGGGGCCAGAAGAGGCCGUAGCAGGGCGAGACGGGGCCGUAGCGGGGCCAGAAGGGGCUGCAGCGGGGCCAGGCGAGGCCGCGGAGGGGCCUAUACGGGGCCGCAAGAGGGGCAGACGGGGCCGUGAAGGGGCCGUAAGGGGCCAGACGGGGCCGCGGAGGGGCCUAGGCAAGGCCGCAAAGGGGCCAAGGCGGGGCCGUAAGGGGCCAGGCGGGGCCGCGGAAGGGCCAAGGCUAGGCCACGACGGGGCCGUAAGGGGCCUAAGUGGAGCCGUGAGGGGCCAGACGGAGCCACGGAGGGGCCUAGGCGAGGCCGCGACGGGGCCGUAA